CAGCGUGUCAAAACGAAAUAAAAACAAUGUCAACAAAAAAGAGUGAAAAAACUAAAAAGUCCGCUAAAGAUAAAGGUCAAGCAGUGCCAGAGGAAGAAGAGCACCAUCAGGAAUCAACACCGGAAGUAGUUUUAGAAAAACCUGACGAUUUAAGAACUAUCGUAGUAAAAAUUAAUGGCUUUAAGAAUAUUUUACCACUAUACCCCGUAUCGGACGUAAAAGCAAGUAUCACAUACUUAGAAAGAGAACUAGGAGACACCCAACUGAUUCCAGUAACAGACGAUAACGAACUUUUAAUAAACGAAUCCUUUGAGUUUACCAUAGAUGUGCAAAACAACAAACAACUGGAUCAGUUAGCAUCAUAUCCAGUAUUUAUAACUACCAUGCAGUCUUCAGGUUCAUUAGAUUCUGAACUCUAUGAGCGAUUACAAAAGAACCAGGAAGUGCAAGAUGAUAAACCAAAGACUCAGGAAGAGAUUGAGAGUUUAUUUAGUAUUUAUGAAGCUUUUACUGGAGAGAGACCUUCUGUGCAGAUACCUGAAAUAGGAAGUAAAAAGAAAAAAGGUAAAAGAUCUUCAAAAUCCGAAAAAUCCCAGGUUCGUUCAAAAUCAGCCAUGAGCAAAGACUCAAAAACAUCGAAAAAAUCUAAAGGCUCCAAAGAAUCGUCAAAAGCGGACAGUAAAAGUAAAUCUGAUCACCAGACUGUUAUCAAAACAGAAACUUAUGGCAUGUCCGUAAUCGAUUUAAUUCCAUUAUUUUAUGGGGAAAUAAGCUUCUUCGAAACUCUAUCGAUCCAACCAGUUAAGCAAUCAUGUGAAAUUCUUAGCACAUUCAAAAAUUUUCCUACAGUAUCAGUAACAGUAUAUAUAAAAGAAAAGAUAAAAAUUAUGGAUUUUAACAAUAUUUUGAAUUUCACUGUGGAAUCAAUUUGUAAUGUACCGCAACUUAUGACAGGUGAUAUCGACUGUAAGAUAUGCAUUAUGCUUCCUAAUCAACAAAAUCAUUGCUAUCCAGUAAUAUUCAGCAAUCCCAAAAUAGCUUUGUCAGCUCCAAAAAAGCAGGUUCCUAAACGAUGGCCUGGUAUCCAAAGUAUUGGUUACAAUGCCAACACUACCAAAUAUCUUAUAGAUGAUAAUUUAAGCGAAAUAACCAAUAAAGCUAAUUUAAAUGUGGAAGAAGGCUUUAAAGAAGAUGCAGUUAGAAUUGAGUUUAAUUAUUUGAAGAGGAACAUCUUAUUUAAACAAGCUAUGCCAGACUUUUCAGCUAAGAUCAUGUACUACAAGAAACUCGUCCUGGAAAUAUACCUGACUCCCAAAUCAAAAAAAAGCCAAAGACCAUAUGAAGCCUUAUCCGAUGAUACUGCUGAUGACCCCCACCCCAAAACCAAGGUCUCCAAGAGUACUCCACCAUACCUUCAUUUGAUGGCCGUAUUUGAUAUCGUUACUUUACUCUAUCCGGGUGUUACUAAGCUCCAUGUAGCUACCCCAGUAAAGACUUUUACGUAUGAGGAAGCUGCUGCAGCUGGCUUGGAAGACUCUUAUUUUAUGCCAAAGCCCAAAGUAGACUUAAACACUGCUAGAACUUCAAAAAGCAAAUUGGAUACUGCCAGAGGCAAAAAGAAAGGAGCAGAAAAAAAAGAGAAAGUCUCAAAAAAGGAAGCUACAAAAGAGGACAAGAAUAUGGCGUCUCAAUUACCAUUAAAGCCAGAAGAACCGCCUUUACCAGAGCCCAGUGUUCAAGUAUACAAUGAGGAUGGCAAGCUAUGCUUUAUUGUUGUGGAAUUUGAGCUGUUAAAACCGUUGGUUCCUAAAAGAGAGCCUGAGGAUCUGAGGGCAAGCUUGCUCCAGAUGCAAAUGGAUGCCUUGCAGAGUUCCAAAGUUGUUCUUAAUAAAAAUGUUGCUGAUGAUUUUUACAAGCAAACCAUUAGAAAUAUAAUUGAUGAUUUAAAUAAGCAAUGGACCCAGUACAAUGCAAAAAUUAACACAAUUCCAUCUACCACCUAUGCUGAUUUUAUCGAAUAUCUUCAAAAAGAGGGUGCAUAUCAAAGUUAUAUGAAUUCCAUUGUUACUUCAGCCACUUUACUGAUCUCUAAUAAAUAUAAAUGUGAGGACAGGGAUUUUAAAAAUAGCAAAACUUACCAGAGUUUGGUUUCUGAGCUCUUUAGUGACCUCAUAAGUCAGAUGCAUUCUAUUUUAAAUACAUUGGUCAGCAACGGGCUAAGACCUUUAGGGCAAAGCCCCGGGGAAGGCAACUUUUUCUACGCCAAAGAGGCUGCUGCCCUAAAUUUGUGUGAAUGUGCAGAUCGGUAUUUCUUGCAGAGAAUUUUAAGCGCCCAAAAUGCUGAUUUUUGGUAUGAUUAUGCUGUUUAUAAUUUAGAAAUUGGGGAUGCUGAUAAAGCAUUUGAAUGUUUAAGGGAAGCAAUUGCUAUUAAACCUACUCAUAAGUACGCCCUGUUGAUCUAUGGUGCUUUAUUAAUGAAUAAAGGCAACGAGCAUGAUGCUGAAAUAUGCUUCUUAAACGUUUUGAUUUCAGAGUCUAAAUGGGCAGAAGGCUGGUGUAUACUUUACCUGUUCUAUAAUAAGUGUAGCAGACCAGACGGCAUGGAAAUGGCUCUGGAUAUGGCUCGGAAGCAUUCUGAUUACCAAAGAAUUUCAGAUUAUAUUUUAGAAUUUGAAGAUCUGGAAUGGAGUUCCACGCAGUUGCCAAAUACAUUGUUUUUUACCACGGCCACAUUAUUACUAAAAAUGAGACUCUAUGAUUGGGUUGAGACUGCUUUAGCGGAAGAGGUACUGGUUCCUAAACAUUACGGUUACGUAAACUACUUGUUGGCUGUCGUCAGCUAUUUUAAGCGGGAUUAUGAUCAUGCUUUGGAACAUGUGGAUGAAGCCAAAGAGUCUUUAGGUACAGACUAUGCAAUUCAAAGCCUUUCCGGCCAUGCCCACUUUGUAAAAGGCAAUCUGGAAAGGGCUAAGGAAUGCUACUAUCACGUGAUCAAUUCAUUUGACAGACCAGAUGAUAUACACUUGGUGUAUCUAAACUGUGCUGAAGUCUUAACCGACCUGGGUGAUGACCAGAAUGCUAGAAAGCUAUUGUUGAUUACCUGUAAGCAUCAUCAGACUCCUCAGGUUUGGUACAGAAUUGGAAAGUUGUACUUUAGGGAGAACGAUCUGUUGAGUGCUGAGGAGUGUUUUAACGAAGCUAACUUGAAAGAUAAUCAGCAUGCUGAUUCUUGGGGAUAUUUGACUUUGGUAAAUUUAAAGUUAAAUAGAUUGCAUGAAGCCGAGCAGUGUUAUCAGCAAGCUGUUAAGAGCAAAUUGGCUGAUCCAGAAUUGAUUCAAAUGAUUGUAGAUGGAUUUACUAGAGCAAAUAGUUAGUUCUAAGUUUCAUCGAUUGAAUAGAGGAGAUAUUCAAUCAACGGUUUUUUUUAAUAUUUCCAAUGUCAAUAUGUCAUUAUGAAUAUCCUACUAUGUCAACUAAGAUAACUAGGUUUAUUUUUCUCAUUAAACAUUUAAAAAAACA